AUGGCCGUGCUGAAAGUCAAAUUCACCAAGACCAACAGGGACAAGCUUGCCCAGGUGCUGUGGAUCCUCAACUGGGUUUCCGUGGUGACGGGGAUGAUUCUGUUUAGCCUGGGGCUCUUCCUAAAGGUGGAGAUCAACAAGCGCUGGGAGCUUAUGGCAGAGAGGGACCUCCACUACGUCCCCAACAUGCUCAUCGCCACAGGCCUCAUCGCCUGUGGCAUCAAUUUCCUGGGCGGGAAGAUCUGCUACGACUGUGCGGACACCACUAAGUUCCUGCGUUGGAAGCUACUGAUGCUGCCCUACAUCAUCUGCACCUUCUUCUUCACCUUCUGCAUCCUGGUGGGGGCUCUCAUGUGCUACGGCAUGCGCAGUGAGCUGGAGGAGGCUCUGGACCUGGGUCUGCAGGACGCCAUGCGCUAUUAUAAGGACACGGACACACCAGGCCGCUGCUUCCUGAAGCGCACUGUGGACCUGCUGCAGAUCCAGUUCCAGUGCUGCGGCAACUUCGGCUUCAGAGACUGGUUCCAGAUCCAGUGGAUCAGCAACCGCUACCUGGACAUGUCCCGCAGGGAGGUUGUGGAGUAAGUACAGACUAGAAUAGUAAUACCCUACCUGCCAGAUCAGACACAGAGCUGAGCUCUGGGCCCAUGUAUACUAUGAUCUUAGGGUUCUUGAAUUUUUGAGGCUCUAGAUGCCCCAAGUGAUCAACCCUCUGUCUCGGUCUCUCCCUUUUCCCUCUCUACGUCUCCAGCCGGCUGAGGAGUAACGUGGAAGGGAAAUACCUGAUGGACGGGGUUCCCUUCAGCUGCUGUAACAUUAACUCACCACGGCCCUGCAUCCAGCACCAGAUCACCAACAGCUCAGCCCACUUCAACUAUGAAUACCAGACAGAGGAGCUCAACUUGUGGAGGAAAGGCUGCCGCCAGGCCCUGCUGGAGUACUACACCCACAUCAUGCAGUCCAUCGGCCUCACCUUCCUCAUCAUCUGGCUGUUUGAGGUAGGCAUAUGGGUGUCCUUACAAACAGACUGAUGUGGUUUGAAUAGAAGUAAGCAUGGUGCCUGGGACUUUUAUCUGACAUAACAACCACUCCCGUUAUUUAGACUCAGCAAACCACUAAUCAUAAAUAACUCAAGCUACAUUGCAGUAUUCUGUCUAUGACACCUUGUCCUUGCAGGGAAGUGAUCAGGGCUUCUGGUCUAACUCCCAUGCCCUUUAUCCUCCCUUAGCGUGAUAAUAGUAUUGUUCAUUCACUUUGCAUGCUCCCUAAUCCCACACUAAAUCUCUUUUGUGACAUUGGCUCCGGGUUAUCCAUGCUCAGCUUUGUGUGGACACACCCUUUGUCCUCUACUGGGUCACAUGGAACUGUCCCAAAAUACACAUCCCAAACCUCAGCUACUUCUGGGACGCACAUUUUUACUCUGGUCCACUAUAAAUGAUAAACAAAAGUUAUAUUACAUAGUCUAGGGAUUUCCUCAGUAAUGUUUGUUUCCUGUUGUAGCUGUCGGUGCUGACGGGGGUGCGUUACCUCCAGACAUCCCUGGAGAACGUGCUGAGACAGGGAGACCCAGACUCAGAGUCCGACGGCUGGCUCCUGGAGAACAGCUUUGUGGAGACAGCCAGAUCCAACUUCAACAUCAUAAAGAGCUUGGGGAAGUGCAACCAGAUUGACACAGCCAACAAUGGCGACCCCAACAUCGAUGUCCCCUCCACAGCCUACUAUGGACCAGACAACCUGCCCCCAAAACAGAUACCUGUGGCCAGUUGA